AUGGCUCUAAGAAGUUUAUUUCCCGGUGUGGCCGUGGUGACAGGCGCUGGCGGAACUGGUAUCGGAGCAGCCGUUGUCAAGGCAUUUGCCGCAGCAGGAUGCGAAAGAAUUGCUAUCACAGAUGUGAACGAAAGUUCUCUUGAGCAAACUAGGGCUGCAGUCGCCGCGGCCUAUCCCACGGCCUGCCUAUUUGUCCAGGCCGGGGAUGUUGCCGAUGACCGAUUUUCAGAGUCUUUCAUUGAUAGAGUCGUCCAGACCUAUGGCCGUGUCGACUAUGGUGUCAACUGUGCCGGCGUCAUUGGCGUGCCUGCUAGGUCCGCAGAGACAUCUCUUGCCGAAUUCGACCGGGUCAACAAUAUAAAUUACCGCGGAUGUUGGCUAUCCUCUCGCGCACAACUAAAGCAGAUGGUCGCACAAGAUCCUCUACCCAGUCAUGAUCCAAGCCGUUCACCACAACGUGGUGCAGUGGUGAACAUCGCCAGUCAAUUAGGGAUCGUUAGUCGCCCCAAUGCGCCCGCAUAUUGUGCUUCAAAGUCAGCCAUAAUUGGAUUGACACGCGCCGAUGCGAUUGAUUAUUCCAAAGAUGGGAUCCGAGUCAAUUGUGUGUGUCCAGGAGUCAUAGAAACGCCUCUGGUUAUGGAGAAAAAGGAGGUCCGGGACUCUAUCAUGCCAGCAGUAGAGACAGCUCCAAUGAAGAGAAUGGGUACACCGGCUGAAGUUGCUGAUGUGGUACUGUUCCUUUGCUCUACACAGGCGUCUUUUGUUCAGGGUCAUGCCAUGGUGGUAGAUGGCGGAUACAUCACGGUGUAA